AUGAUCGGAAUCGCCGCGUUGCGGCACGUCUGCAGACCUCGCGCUCUCCACCUCCUUUCACCACGACAAGCAUGGCAGCCAUGCGCCACCAGGUCCUUUUUUGGCCUGGGCGAACUCGCUGGUGUCAUCGCAAACCCAGCAGAGACGCUCCGCCAACUUAAAGAGUCCCAAGAAAUGCUCAGGAAAGCGAAGGAGGACAUGGAGCUCGCCCGGGAGGCGAAGAAGAUCCCCAAAAAGCACACCUUCUCUAAACUCCCAGGCUUUCAUGGUCGCAAAGCUGAGCAGGCAUUACUGCGCAAGAUAUUGACGACCCAGCCGAAGAUGACAACAAUCUUCGGUGCGACAUCUGUGGGAAAGACGGCGUUGCUUAGAGAAGUGCUAGCGACCGAUGACUACUUCGUUGUAAAAUUUGAUCUAAGAAUCUCUGGUUUUGCGGAUCUUCGGACGUUGUAUCUGGCUUUGUGCGAACAGUUCCAAACGUUCUUCAAUGAGGCGAGCACGAUGCGAGACGAAGAGAUGGGCAAGCAGGCGUUGACCUUCAAACAUCUCGUGCUUGCGUUGAAUGAGAAAGAAAGUGCCGAAGGCGGGUAUACGGUCACUGUCGCUGACCUCGCCAGCCUAAUGGAAAGCUUGCAAAGCGCGCUCUUACAGUACUGGGAAUACGACCCAACAGCCACACCUUCUGACAAAGACGGCAAUUCCGAAGAUCCUUACGUGAAGAAAAAGCCAGCUGACCGUAGAGUGCUGUCUGCGGAUGAGCUGACCGCGCUCAAUGCCGAAUCACAAUCAGACAGCCCUAUAUUCAGAAAACGGCCAAUUGUGUUCUUACUCGAUGAAGCGCACAAGCUCCCAGCUCUUGUCGAUGACCAACUGUCAUUAAAAGUCUUCCUCGACACACUCUUAGUCUUGACCAAACAGGACAGACUUUGCCAUGUGCUUUUCUGCACCUCCGAUCCCUUCUUUCAGCAUUUCCUACGCUCAAUGAAUGUCGGUCAUCACUCUCAGAUCGUCACUAUUGGGGACUGCAGUCGCGAAGAGACUUUGUCGUACUUUCUGGACCAAAUGUUGCGGUCUGUCCCACCACAUCUGGCUUCAAAGCUUACGACGAGUUUCGAGGAGAUUUGGGACGCUUUUGGCGGAAAACUCAGCCACAUCAACGACUAUGUUGCUUCAUGGGUUCAAGCAGAAGGGAACUUGACGCCCUACCAAUCCGCUAUAUUCAUCCAAGCAUAUACACUACUCCAGCUCCACCUGACACAAGCGAAUUUUGAGACUUUCUCUCCACUCUCCACCGCCACAGUGGGUACAGAUACGAGCGAGGAUACUGCGUGUUUCAAGCCAUCAGACCUCCUACAGGUCAUGCGCAAGCUUACGCAACCGCCGUACAGUAUACCCUACUUUACGCUUUGUCGGAUGAUUGGCACCGCACAGGUUGAUAGUAUGAUCAAGACACGUGUUUUAGAGGUGCGGUGGACGAGAACGGUAACGCCAGAGGAGGGCUGGGUGGAGAGGCAAUGGAGCGAAGAUGGCAUUGAAAGACCGGUGCUUUUGCCGAUGACGAGGAUUAUUAGAAAAGCCAUGGAAGUGGUAUUGAGGGAGGAGCAGCAGCUAAAGCAUGCGAGUCAAGAAGAAUCAAAGGGCGAAGGCAAGACUGCUUAAAGGCCCAACGACAUUCUAUUGCUGUUGCAGAUACGAAAGGCGCAAGAUCUGGCCCAUAGGCUUUCUCAGGUAUCUAUUUGCUUUUUCACUUCCUAUAUAAUUUGCUCGAUAACUCCCAUUUGCGAGUAUCGAGCGAUAGUACGCAGUUGGCCGACAGAAAGAUUGGGACGUUUAGAGCUGUGAAAACCCCGAAUAAACUAUACCACAACAGUUCUAUAACCAUAACCUACAGUUAGUUCCUACAGGAUAACUUACAAGAAAUGCUCCUAGAGUCCAACAUUGGUGUCAGCCGCUG